GGUGCCAGGAGCACCAACAGUGCCCCUUGCUGGCUCUCCUCCUCCCUUUUUAAUUCUCAAGUUCCUUUUUAUUCCUCCCUUGCGUAACGCUCUUCUUCCCUUCUGUACCCCCACCCUCCCCACCACCUCCCCGCCACCCCACUCCUGAGGCUGCAGCCUUCGGCAGGGUCCCCAGCUCAUGCCAGCCUCGUUUCCUUCCUUGCUAGCUCCCAAAGGGCCCCCGGGAGACAUGGGUGGCCCGGCCCGAGAGCCGGCACUCUCAGUCGCCCUCUGGUUGAGUUGGGGGGCAGCUCUGGGGGCUGUGGCUUGUGCCCUGGCUCUGCUGACCCAGCAAACAGAGCUGCAAAAUCUAAGGAGAGAGGUGGCUCGACUGCAGAGGGCCGGAGGGCCCUCCGAGAAGGAGGAAGGGCAUCCAUGGCUGAGCCUCCAGGAGCAGAGCCCUGAUGCCCUGGAAGCCUGGGAGAAUGGGGAGAGAGCCCGGAGAAAGAGAGCAGCGCUCACGCAUAAGCAGAAGAAGAAGCAUUCCGUCCUGCACCUUGUCCCCAUCAACAUCACCUCCAAGGAGGACUCCGAUGUGACGGAGGUGAUGUGGCAACCCGCCCUUAAGCGUGGGAGAGGUCUGGAGGCCCAAGGAUAUGUUGUUCGAGUCUGGGACGCUGGGGUCUAUCUGCUGUAUAGUCAGGUCCUGUUCCAUGAUGUGACUUUCACCAUGGGUCAGGUGGUGUCUCGGGAGGGCCAGGGAAGGCAGGAGACUCUCUUCCGAUGUGUCCGAAGCAUGCCCUCCAACCCGGACUGGGCCUACAACAGCUGCUACAGCGCAGGUGUCUUCCACCUACACCAAGGGGAUAUUCUGAGCGUCACCAUCCCCCGGGGGAGGGCGAAACUCAGCCUCUCUCCGCAUGGAACCUUCCUGGGGUUUGUGAAACUGUGAUUAGGAUAUGGAUGGUGGUGCUGAGCUCGGAAGAUGAGGGUGGGUACAAAUCGGAGACAGCCAAGAGCGAAUAGGAGCGGACGCCUUUUCUGGGUUUGACGGCUCAUCAAUCUCCGCUCCUCCCUUUUCCCGACCCACUCCCACCCCGUAGACUUUGAUUUCAUGGAUAUUAAAGAGGUGUAUAUCUUGC